GCGGCCACAGCGGCAGCAGCGCAAGGGCCAGGCCAGCCGGGAGGAAGGUGCCUGCAGCUGAGGGCUGCGCUGGGAAGAGCUGGGGCUGGGACCCGGGUCGGCAGCUGCAGCCUCCUCUCCCGGCCUAUCUAUUUUUAAUGAGCUCCCCAGGCUUCUGCAGCAGGCAGGACGCAGAAAGACAGGCCCAAGCAGUGGAGGCCAGAGGCCCCCAGCCCUGCCUUGAGCCCUGGCCCCCCCACCCUUCCGGGCAUGAGAGGGCAGCCCUGGGGCCCCGCAGCCCCCCGGCCGGGCAGGGCUCUCCAUGCAGCUGGUGCUGAAGAUGGAUUCGAGCCCAGACAAUGACAGCUGGUUGGAGGAUCAAUGGGAGCGCUGGCUCACCCAUGACAUCAGCCUGGAGGAGUUUGAGGAUGAAGACCUCUCAGAGAUCACUGAUGAGUGUGGCAUCAGCUUACAGUGCAAAGACACCCUGUCCUUACGGCCCCCGCGCGCCGGGCUGCUCUCUGCGGGCGGCGGCGGCGCGGGGAGCCGGUUGCAGGCGGAGAUGCUGCAGAUGGACCUGAUCGACGCGACGGGGGACACUCCCGGGGCCGAGGACGACGAGGAGGACGACGACGAGGAGCGCGCGGCCCGGCGGCCGGGAGCGGGGCCGCCCAAGGCCGAGUCCGGCCAGGAGCCGGCGUCCCGCGGCCAGGGCCAGAGCCAAGGCCAGAGCCAGGGCCCGGGCAGCGGGGACACUUACCGGCCCAAGCGGCCCACCACGCUCAACCUCUUUCCGCAGGUGCCGCGGUCUCAGGACACACUGAAUAAUAAUUCUCUGGGCAAAAAGCACAGUUGGCAGGAUCGGGUGUCUCGAUCAUCCUCACCCCUGAAGACAGGGGAGCAGACACCACCGCAUGAACACAUCUGCCUGAGCGAUGAGCUGCCCCCCCAGAGCAGCCCCGCCCCCACCACAGAUCGAGGCACCUCCACCGACAGCCCUUGCCGCCGCAGCACAGCCACCCAGAUGGCACCUCCGGGUGGUGCCCCUGCUGCCCCGCCUGGGGGUCGGGGCCACUCGCAUCGAGACCGAAUCCACUACCAGGCCGAUGUGCGACUAGAGGCCACUGAGGAGAUCUACCUGACCCCAGUGCAGAGGCCCCCAGACCCUGCAGAGCCCACCUCCGCCUUCCUGCCGCCCACUGAGAGCCGGAUGUCGGUCAGCUCCGAUCCAGACCCUGCCGCCUACCCCUCCACGGCAGGGCGGCCGCACCCCUCCAUCAGUGAAGAGGAGGAGGGCUUCAACUGCCUGUCGUCCCCAGAGCGGGCUGAGCCCCCAGGCGGAGGGUGGCGGGGGAGCCUGGGGGAGCCGCCGCCACCUCCACGGGCCUCUCUGAGCUCGGACACCAGCGCCCUGUCCUACGACUCUGUCAAGUACACGCUGGUGGUAGAUGAGCAUGCACAGCUGGAGCUGGUGAGCCUGCGGCCGUGCUUCGGAGACUACAGUGACGAGAGUGACUCUGCCACCGUCUACGACAACUGUGCCUCCGUCUCCUCGCCCUAUGAGUCGGCCAUCGGAGAGGAAUAUGAGGAGGCCCCCCGGCCCCAGCCCCCUGCCUGCCUCUCCGAGGACUCCACGCCUGACGAACCCGACGUCCAUUUCUCCAAGAAGUUCUUGAACGUCUUCAUGAGUGGCCGCUCCCGCUCCUCCAGUGCCGAGUCCUUCGGGCUGUUCUCCUGCAUCAUCAAUGGGGAGGAGCAGGAGCAGACCCACCGGGCCAUAUUCAGGUUUGUGCCUCGACACGAAGACGAACUUGAGCUGGAAGUGGAUGACCCUCUGCUAGUGGAGCUCCAGGCUGAAGACUACUGGUACGAGGCCUACAACAUGCGCACUGGUGCCCGGGGCGUCUUUCCUGCCUAUUACGCCAUCGAGGUCACCAAGGAGCCCGAGCACAUGGCAGCCCUGGCCAAAAACAGUGACUGGGUGGACCAGUUCCGGGUGAAGUUCCUGGGCUCAGUCCAGGUUCCCUAUCACAAGGGCAAUGACGUCCUCUGUGCUGCUAUGCAAAAGAUUGCCACCACCCGCCGGCUCACCGUGCACUUUAACCCGCCCUCCAGCUGUGUCCUGGAGAUCAGCGUGCGGGGUGUGAAGAUAGGCGUCAAGGCCGAUGACUCCCAGGAGGCCAAGGGGAAUAAAUGUAGCCACUUUUUCCAGUUAAAAAACAUCUCUUUCUGCGGAUAUCAUCCAAAGAACAACAAGUACUUUGGGUUCAUCACCAAGCACCCCGCCGACCACCGGUUUGCCUGCCACGUCUUUGUGUCUGAAGACUCCACCAAAGCCCUGGCAGAGUCCGUGGGGAGAGCAUUCCAGCAGUUCUACAAGCAGUUUGUGGAGUACACCUGCCCCACAGAAGAUAUCUACCUGGAGUAGCUGUGCAGCCCCGCCCUCUGCGUCCCCCAGCCCUCAGGCCAGUGCCAGGACAGCUGGCUGCUGACAGGAUGUGGCACUGCUUGAGGAGGGGCACCUGCCAGCGCCAGAGGACAAGGAAGUGGGGGCCGCUGGCCCAGGGUAGGGGAGGGUGGGGCAAUGGGGAGAGGCAAAUGCAGUUUAUUGUAAUAUAUGGGAUUAGAUUCAUCUAUGGAGGGCAGAGUGGGCUGCCUGGGGAUUGGGAGGGACAGGGCUUGGGGAGCAGGUCUCUGGCAGAGAAGGAUGUCCGUUCCAGGAGCACACGGUCCUGCCCCAUCCUGGGCCUUACCUCCCCUGCCAGGGCUCGGGCGCUGUGGCUCCUGCCUUGAUGAAGCCCGUGUCCUGCCUUGAUGAAGCCUGUGCCACCUGCAAGUGCCCGCCCUGCCCCUGCCCCAACCCCCACCGAAGAGCCCUGAGCUCAGGCUGAGCCCAGCCACCUCCCAAGGACUUUCCAGUGAGGAAAUGGCAACACGUGGAGGUGAAGUCCCUGUUCUCAGCUCCGUCAUCUGCGGGGCUUCUGGGUGGCUCCUGCCACUGACCUCACCGGCAUGUGGCCUGUGGCAGGCCUAGGACCUCAGGCGGGGAGGAGGCCCUGUCCCAGCAGAAGAGGGAGGCUUCCUGACUGACACAGGCCAGCCCCAUCUUGGUCCUGUCACCCUGGCCCCAACUAUUAAAGUGCCAUUUCCUGUCUGGA